AUGGCGAUAAGAGAACGGGUACCACGUGAUCGAAUAGAUUGGCCGCUAGGAGGCCAGUGGACUGCGCCAACUCUUCCUGCAAAGUUGACUUCAAUGGCACCCCGUGGCUUAUCUGCUGAAGAGAAACGCAUCAAGCUGUUGGAAAUAUUCCAUGAGUCGAAGGACUUUUUCCAACUAAAAGAACUGGAGAAACUUGGGCCAAAGCUCAAGGGGAUCGUCUCGCAAACAGUGAAAGACGUUCUGCAGUCACUCGUCGACGACCGAUUGGUAUAUACCGAUAAGAUUGGGUCCUCCAAUUUCUUCUGGAGUUUCCCCUCGGAACGCGGAAACAUAAUUCGCAACCGAUUGAAUGCUGCGAAUAACGCGAAGUCGCACCUUAGAAGUCAACUCCAGGAACUUGAUACGUCGCUUAAACGCGAAAAGACCGCCCGACCUGAAAGCGAGAAGAGGACGGCCGCGUUGGAGAGGUUGCAGGCAUCAAAAGAUAAUAUCAAAGCGCUUGAAGAGGAAUUGAAUGCAUAUGGCGUGUGCCAUCCCACCAAAGUGGAAGCGAAGAAACGAGCUAUUGUCGCCGCUCACGAAGCUGCCGUGCGAUGGACUGAUAACUAUACCAUCCUUCUUGUCUACUUCACCCGCCAAAAUGCAGUGGGUGAACAGGAGAUUCGCAAGUUCCUAGAUAUCGAGGAAAAUUACGAAGAUAUCUACUGA